AUGUUCAAUUUCUUCUCAUCCUCUAAGGCUACCUCCUCGCACUCCUCCUUCAGCCCCAACCCAAAUGCCCCGCCAGGCCCUCAAGACGACGACAACGGCGUUAGAGUCGAAGCCAAAGGAGUAUAUAUGAUUCUCUGGAGAACCGACCUUCCAAGAAAAUACCAUUGGGGAGUUCUUGUCGCUACAACCGAGACUCAAGGCUUCCUGUUCCACCAAAACUUCAGCGGAACCCUUUGGCGCUAUGUAGUUGAGCCUAAGAACAUAACGAAAUCCGGAAGAUUACUCGUUGCCCUUAAGCUUGGUGUGGUCCCAGAUGUUACGGAUGAGUGGAUGGGCGCCAUGAAAAACUGCAUUCGAUCAACUGAAGUGCCAGGAAGCGAAUUUACGUGUCGAACCUGGGCUCUUGCGGCCGUGUACGAACUUGCCAACUGCGGAUUCAUUGAUAAGAUUGAGGAGGAGGCGAAAGAUUUAGCAAUUCAUGCGCUAGACACGGAUCAGAAAUACGUUGCCGUCAGUGAGCAAAGUCGUCCGUAA